AGGACAGAUAAACAGCUCUCCUCUGUUGAUGGAGAUGAGGGUUUUUCUGCUCCCUCUAUCAGUGCUGUUGGCUUUCAUAAGGGAAAAUGAAGGACAAAUAACAGUUUCUCAUUUCCCAAACUUCCCAAGGGUGUAUGUUGGAGACGAUAUUUCUCUGACAUGUAAUGGCAACGGUGAACCGAUAAAAUGGUAUAUUAACAAUGCUCAUUUACCAAUUCACCAAGAUUCAUUAAUGCAUUUGACUGCGUUAACACCAGCAAAUAAUGGAGAGUACAAAUGUGAGAGGAAUGGAGUCCCGAGUGAUGUGUACCAGCUAACAGUUUUGGAAUUGGAGCCCCAUGCACAGCUCUCUUUAUCUGCAGGAGGUGUUGUGAUUGCUAAAGGUGAAGGGAGAACUCUAGUACUGCAUGUAGAUGAUGAACUGAAAGGGUGGGCGUGUUUUGCAUCAAGGUUUGGGGGUUCUGGCUUCAAGCUAGGCAUGGAUCCCGACAAAGAGACGCAGAGGGGUUUCAUUUUCGCAGAACUGAAAGAGGCCAAAAGAGCCUCCUUCUGGUGCCUGAAUCGGAAAACCAAACAUCGAAGCAAUGCAGUCACGCUGAAAAUGACAGAGAGCAAAGUGAUGUUGGAGCCUCCAGCCACACCUGCGAUGGAAGGGCAGACAAUUGCUCUCAGGUGUGUGGUGUGGGGAGGGGGAAAGGUCGAACAUGCUGUCUUCUAUUUUAAUGGAACUGAACUUGAAGAAAAAAAUGAUGACACUUACACCAUCACCCACGCCGCACAAAAAAAUAAUGGGCAGUACAGCUGUCAGGCCACCUACAGGUACAGCCACAUCCAUCGACAAGCCGCACAGCAGAAAGGCAGUUCUGAUCAACAGGAGUUAAAAGUCAUAGGUGGCCCUCCAGUUCCAUCAGUGUCCCUGAUAUCCAGUAAUUUUCUGCAUUGUCAUUGCAAUCUGUGUCAUGCCAACUGUACAACAUACUACUGGUAUCACACACCAUUUGAUAAAUCAAAUAUACGCUCAAGACUGAAAUCUGAAUUCAGCCAGAAUCUUACCAUAACUGAAGAAGGAUUGUACAGCUGCCGAGUCAAAUGCGAAAACGGUUUUUCAUGUUUCAGCAAGGCUUACAGCAACAACAAAGCGGGUGGAGGCAAGAUCAUCAUCGCGCUGAUGGUGUUCCUGAUUAUUCUUGGUGUGACGAUCAUUGUGCUGGUUGUGCUAAAACGCAGACAACGCAGACGUGGAGAAAGUGGUAAACAGGCCAUCGGAGGGGGUAAAGACGACAGAAAGAAGCAGGCAGGUGGAGAUUAUGAACAGAUUAAUCUUACCGAUCAGGGAGUUUACGACACCCUGGGUGAGGCCAGCGCUCAAGACAAGGCUGAGGCGGGAUACGAGCACCUAAAACGUCGGGAGGAUGCAGUGUACCACACAUUGGGAACCGGUGAGGGUCAAAGUCAGGGUCAAGGUGAGGGUCAGGGUGGGUAUGAGGCCCUUAAGGGUGUCAAAGCUGAGGUGUACCACACACUGGGACCUGGCGAGGGUCAAAGUCAGGGUCAAGGUCAAGGUCAGGGUGGGUAUGAGGCCCUUAAGGGUGUCAAAGCUGAGGUGUACCACACACUGGGACCUGGCGAGGGUCAAAGUCAGGGUCAAGGUCAAGGUCAGGGUGGGUAUGAGGCCCUUAAGGGUGUCAAAGCUGAGGUGUACCACACACUGGGACCUGGCGAGGGUCAAAGUCAGGGUCAGGGUAAAGGUGAGGGUACAGGAAAAGCAGCUGGUUAUGAGGUCACGUUAGAUGAGGAAAAUCCAUAUGAAGAACUGAAAGGCGAGAAGAAACAAACGACUAAAAAAAGUCAAGAGUAA